UUAUUUUUCUCUGUCUACCUCCUUCAAAAGGCCAUCGUAGUUCCUUUUAUCAAAAAGGUCCAAAACCUUCAAACCCCACGUUUUUAUAUACCGGGAAAUUUCUCGUCUUUUUAUUAUUUUUUAUCUCCGGUGCUGAUUCCGAUGGCCUCCGACACCGAUCCUCAGAAACCACAAACCCAUAGGCACAAAUGCCCUGCAUGCUAUAAAAAAUUUAAUAGAAAGCUUCAUCUUAUAGAGCACAUGAAGAUCUCGUACCAUUCGGUUCAUCAACCUAGAUGUUGGGUGUGUCAAAAGCACUGCAAAUCUUUUGAAUCAGUGCGAGAACAUAUAAAUAAUCCAUUAUCGAAAACAAAAUGUUCAAAGUUUUUUGCAGAACGAGGUUGCACUCAUUGUUUAAGAGUUUUGGAUAGCUCCUCUUACCUUGAUGAACAUAAGAAAAUGUGCCGCAUAAUAGCUCCUGUUCCCCUUGGAACAAAGAUCACACCUUGUAUGGAAUCUAAUGCAGGUUCAAUCAUGGAUGAAACGCAAAAUGGUAAAGUUCAAAGAGUCAUUGCUAUGGAUUGUGAAAUGGUAGGUGGUGGAAGUGAUGGAUCAAUUGACCUUUGUUCUAGGGUGUGUCUUGUUGAUGAAGAUGAGAAUAUAAUUUUGCAUACGUAUGUUCAACCCCAAAUUCCUGUCACUAAUUACAGAUAUGAAGUAACUGGGCUAACAGAAGACCAUCUGAAAGAUGCCAUGCCACUUAAUGAAGUGCAAGAUAAAAUCACGAAAAUACUAUACAAUGGAAAGUCUGUUGGAAGUAUACCCCCUGAUGGAGGGAUGGCUAGGCUUCUCGUGGGUCAUGGUAUACGGCAUGAUUUGGACUGCUUGAGGAUGAAAUAUCCUGGCCAUAUGCAGAGGGACACUGCAAAAUACCAUCCAUUGAUGAAAACGAAUCUUGUUAGCCACUCACUGAAGCACCUUACCAAAACAUAUCUAGGGUAUGAUAUCCAGUCAGGAAUUCAUGACCCAUACGAAGAUUCUAUCUCUAUGAUGAGACUGUACAAGCGAAUGCGUGACCAAGACCAUGAGCAGGUUGUCAGACUUGGUGAUGGAAAAGCUAAAUGUGGCUUUGAUUCUUUUCGAUCAACAGAACUGGAUAAGAAGACCCCGGAUGAACUAUAUGAGAUCUCUGUAUCUGAUUACAAGUGUUGGUGUCUGGACUUGAGCAAAGAUUGCAACCGUGGCAGUUGACUGUCCUAUUUUCUUUUCACAGCUGCAAUUUCUGCAUCUGGCAAUGCAUGUUUCCAGUUUAUUUAUGUUUAGUCUUCUGGGGUGGGUUGUUGGGGCAAGGUUAGAUAUACAACUUUAGAGUUGGUCACUAGGGAAAACAAAAAGAAUGUUUGAUUGGCUUUGUCCAAUUUGUAUGAAAGUAGAAAUGUUUUCCCGUUGAAUCAACUAUUCUUGCUACCAAGUCUAGGAGCAUGAAAUUAAGAGGGAAAAAAAAAAGAAUUUUACAUUUAUGUUCAAAAUUGAAAUCGGCCCAACGGUUAUAGCAUGAGUUCUAGUGGGGUAAUUGACAGAAACCAAUCUUUUAUCAUUUAUGUAAAUAUGAUUUUAAAGAUUGUUCUUCAUGCGUAUCAAGCAAUUGAAAAUCCAAAAG